AUGAAGAGACCCAUAGCACCAUACCGACUAAAUCCAAACUCGCCACAACCCAAUCUUCCUUAUGUACGUGGGCCAAAAGACGAUAAUUAUUUCAUGACGACGAUAGCUGCUUCCACCUCACAAAAUAAAAUAGCAAAGAAGAAUCAUGAGGGAAAAAAGAAGAAGGGGUUGGGGAAGGGAAUGAGAAUUGAGGGGAAUUGGGUAGUUGGGUAG